AUGUGCUGCGGUUGGUUGACAACUCUUGUUACUCUAUUCGCUGUUGCUUCGGCUGUUUGCGCGUUGGUUUUUCCCGUUUUUCGCAUGAAGAAUGAAACAAAGGAAGCGAUCCAAACCCUAUGGUACUACAUGGAGAAGGUUGAUGAUGUAGUGAAGCAAACGAAGGUGCAUGAGAGCCCGUGUAAGGAGUACAGUGUAUACUUUCAGGUAAUUGAAGCUGGUGUCCUUAUUUCAGUGCUUACAGGCUUUGCUGCUCUUGUUUUCAUUAUUCUGUCGAAUUGCAAGAUCCCACUGUGUUGUUUGCGAAUCAUAUCCACGCCACUUUCCAUCAUAUCCUUCCUUGUUUCUUCGGUGAGCGCCGUACUCAUCACUGUUGGAUACGGAAAGGGGUUUUGUCAGUGGGAUGAUCAAUUGCGCGAGGAUUUCGCCCCGUUUAAGGAGCGUGACUUUUCGGUUGAUGCCGGUUUUUACCUUAUUGUUGUAACUGCUGUAUUGUUCCUUGUCAGCUCUGUCGCGGGUUGUUGCCUGUAG